UAAAAAGAGAAAUACUGGAGAGCAUCAUAGUCACCAUGGUCCAUUUGUAAGGGAAGUUGGCAGGUUCGGACGGGGAACCGAUCAUAAUCAAGCUCUGUAUCGUUUCAAUUCGGUAAAAAUCAUCAAAUCUCUCUUUCUCUCUCGAUAGAUCUUCAUCCAUGGCUUCUUCUCUUUUCUCGUUUCUGAUCCGGUAUAUUUCUCUGUAAUUUAGCUCCUACGCCUUCUAAAUCGUUUCUUCAAUGGCCGCUCCACCAGCAAGGGCUCGUGCUGAUUACGAUUAUCUUAUAAAGCUUCUCCUAAUUGGUGACAGUGGUGUCGGCAAGAGUUGCCUUCUUCUGCGUUUCUCUGAUGGUUCCUUCACUACUAGUUUUAUUACAACAAUUGGAAUUGACUUCAAGAUCAGAACUAUUGAACUAGAUGGCAAACGUAUCAAACUCCAAAUUUGGGAUACAGCUGGCCAGGAGCGAUUUCGGACCAUCACCACAGCUUACUAUCGUGGAGCAAUGGGAAUUCUGUUGGUCUAUGAUGUCACAGAUGAAUCUUCUUUUAACAACAUUAGGAACUGGAUUCGCAACAUUGAACAGCAUGCAUCUGACAAUGUGAACAAGAUACUUGUAGGAAACAAAGCCGACAUGGAUGAAAGUAAAAGGGCUGUACCCACUGCGAGGGGACAAGCGCUUGCUGAUGAAUACGGGAUUAAAUUCUUUGAGACUAGUGCGAAAACGAAUCUGAAUGUGGAGGAAGUUUUCUUUUCAAUAGGAAGGGAUAUAAAGCAAAGGCUGGCUGAUACAGAUAACAAACAAGAUGCUCAAACGAUCAAGAUUCAAAAACACGAUGCAGCAGCCGCCGGGCCUGUCCAACUUCCACAGAAAUCUGCUUGCUGCGGUUAACGAAAGGGUUCCGAGAGGUGAAUUAUCGUCGAAGAAGAAGAAGAACAAGGAAGAAUAUUCUCUGAAGCCUGUAUUAUUUUCGAUAGCAUCUGUCUUUGUGUGUUGCUGAAAAUAGGAUGUUAUAUGAAAAUUUAUUGUCAUCACAAAAUUGGAAUUAUGUUUUCUAAAUGCUUAAUUUUCUCAACUUCAUGUUAUUUUAAUCUUACUAUUAUUAUUCUA